GUCCUCCGCCGGCGUCAGUCCGCGCCGCGAGUCCGCCGCCCCCGAGCGUCGGCGUCGAACGCACCGUGCUAUUACGCUACGCGAUAAAAUGCCUCUAUUUUCCGAACACAUUACAAAUAUGUAUUACAGUGGAACUCCAUCGUACACCAGCUCACCGUAUAGUUAUAGCAGUUCGUUGCUACCAUUGGGGACAUCGUACAGUGCUUCAUAUCUUAACCCUGGUGCCAGUUACAGCAACCACUCAUCGUUAAUUGGAUACUCUAGAACUCCUGUGACUUCAAGAUGGAUACCGAGCGGAAGAUCAUAUUCGCCCAUGCUCAGCACAAUAUCAGAGCGUGGGACAUCCAGUCCGGUUAGAAUAAAUAGUCCUAGAAGGGCCCCAAUACAAAGUAGAUCUAACAGAACAUAUAUAUCUGCAUCAUCUUAUACUCCCCGACCGGUCAAUAUUAAUACGGCUGACAUUGAUGUAUCCCGUGAUAAAUAUCGCAACAAAACAUCAAAUACUAAAAGUGAUUGUACAAAGAUAGAAGAGAACUCUAAAACAAAAGAAGAUGUAAGUCCGUUUAUGCCUAGGGUAGAAGAUAAACCUGACACUGGAAUAGAUACUUCGCCAGGAACACAGCGUGGUCCUAUAAAACGUGAACGUACCGUAGUACGUCUUCAUACGCUAAAAAGAAAGGAAAGAGAUUCCCCUCGUAAACCGGUAGAAGAGAAACGAAAAGAAGAACUAACCAAGGAAAAAGAGUCCAACAACAUAAAAACUACCGAAAAUGCAGGAGAAUCGAAGAGAUGGAGGGAGAAACUGUCUGAGGAUUUGAUUUAUAAAGAUACUAAAGAGAAGAGAUCAUUAGGAGAAAAACUCGUUGAAAAAUUUCAAGUGAAAACUAAGGAUACGGAUAUUAUUAAAGAAACUUUAAACAAUCAACAAAAAGCAGCAAUUUUACCUCUCGAAACACCGCACACCAAAGUAAAUAGCAAAUCCCCAGACAGAAGAUGUUCGAUGGAAAUGUUAGCAGAACAGGCAUGUUUAUUAGAUUCCCUUAUCAGAAGAGAAAAUCUUAGCACAGCUACGUUAGAUUUAAGUAAAAUUGGUACCGAUGAAGACAAAGUAGGCAGCAAUGAAAAUUUACGCACUGAAACGUUCAACAGCUCAACAGCAUCUCAAACAAAAAAUUCUCCCUUAACAACAACAAAAUCAGACCAUUCAUUGAACAUACGGUUAAAUAAUUUAAAAGAUCAAAAGCCACCCACCGCAAAAAGACAUAGUAUUAAAAAAUCUUCAUCGGGAAGUAACAUUUCAAAACUAAAUUUAAUAGAGGAAUUACCUAAAGAACUGAGUCAAAAAAAUCUUCCACCUAUUGAGGAAAGCAGGUCAUCAGUUGGUGAAAAAAGUGUCGAAGAUAAGCCAAAAAUCAAGCCUAAGCUUAAAGCGAAAAUCACAUCAACCAUUGAGGUUACGCCACCUUCUAGUCCGUUGAGAUUUAAGGUAGAAAAUGUGACAGUCGAAGAAAGGCCUCGUCCACCCAGGAAAGGAAUCAUGUUCAGUAGUGAAGUUGAAAAUGAAUUAUUGGUAGAUAAUUCUAUUGAAAAUGUGGUUCCCACUAGUAAAAGAAAAAUUCAGCAGCAAAGCAACGAUCCUGUAUCUCCUGAGCCAGAAGAUGGCAAUUUUUGGAAUAAAAUUGGCAAACGAGAGACAGUAUAUUUAGCAAAAAGGAAACAUCAAAUAGCAAAAGAUAAAGAAAAUCUCCAACGUGCUGUGUUUUGGUACCCUGAAAAUGAAUUUGAAAUAACUGAAAAUAAUGGGAAAAGUAAAGACAAUUCAAUAUUCAACAAUAGCGAAAAUGAAAAAGAUAAAACUACAAUAAAGGCAAGUAACGUUAAUGAGAUUAAUAAAACGGAAGAAGCAAAACAGAUAGAUGAAAAAGUUAGUGUACCUGAAAUGAGUACCAAGAACCAAAUUUCGAAGUGGGAUAGUGUCAAUAAUGUCGCUAAAUUAAUUGAAAGUUCUAAACCCGGAUCGGAUACAAUAGCAUUGUCAACAAAUAUCCCAUUAGAGCAUAAUAAAAUAAAAUUACCCGAGGAAGUUCCUGUGAGAAAUGAUAAAAUACAAAAUGAGCCUCUAUUUUUAAUAGAAAAUAAAUCUAUUCCAAAUGAAAAAACCCAGCAGAUUUCAGACAAAGUUGCGGUAGACGCAGAAAAAAUUAAAGGAAAGGAAAGUUCUAAAAAAGAAAAGGGAAAAGUUUCAGAGACGAAGAAAAAUUCUUCUAAUAAAGAUAAGUUAGAAGGAAAAGAGCAAAAUGAUCAGGUUACAAAUAGUGGCAAACGAAAAAUACUGAAACUUGGAACUCCAAAGAAAAAUGAAAAAUCAGAGGGAUCAGGGAAAAUACAAAAAGAAAUAAUGGAGAAGGAAGCAGAGACAAAUAUGAUUAAUAUUUCUACGAAACGGUUGUUAGAAACCCAACUAAAAGAAAAUGUAAACGAUACUGAAUCAAUUGAUAAAAACAUUAUAGAGCAAGUAAAAUCAAAUACAAGAGCAUCGAAAGAAAAAAAAAUGCCAAGUGACGAUGAUCUCAAAAAGUUACCCGAUACGGAAAUAAAUAGUAUCGAUGAUAUGAAUAAUAUGACUACGUCUAAUUCCAAUUCAUGCGCUAAUGAAAAUCUUUUAGAAAAAGUAGAAGAAAAUUCAUUUGUUGAUAUAAAUACAAUAAAUCACGAAAAAAGUGAUACCAAGCCAUUAGAAAUUCCAAACAUUCCACGCGAAGAUAAAGAAAAAGCAAAAGUCAUAAUAGUAGAAACAAAAGACAUUACUGAAAGUUCAAAAAAACAAAAUGAAAAUACAAGACAAAAGUCGAUUAAACAAAAUAUAAUUUCAAAACCGAUUAAGCCUGUGAAGGAAGAAAAAGCACUUAAACCUUUAAUUGCUACACCAAGACCUCUUCAAAAGAAAGUUCCACUACAAAUUCGAUCAACGAGUUCAGAAUCUUCGUCUGAUGAAGAAACAUCGGAUGAUGACGAGGAAGACGAGACAAGUUCUAGUGAAGGCUCUGGAGAAUUCUACGAAUGUGAUAAUGUCGACGGCAGAACCUCUACUGGAUCCAAUGAUUCUGGUUUUGAUUCUUCCGCGUCUACUUCGCCGGCGGGAUUCAACUGGGUUAGAAAAGACUGCGAUGUUAACUGCCAUAGAAAGUGUGAAAAGUUGACAGCGAACUUGUGCGGAGUGAACCAGAGGCUUUUGGUCGAAGCUCUUGCGACUCGAACUGCGUCCAGAAAAGGUGGAGAGUGCCCCAGCACGUCAGGCAAUGCGACGCAGCCCCUAGGCUCUGAUAUCUUAGAACGAGAGCUUGAACAAUCAACGGCGUAUGGGCUGUUCAGAAAGACUGGCCGGUUCACGCCGCCCGCGCGGUCUAUACCUCGCUUCAGGAAGUACACUAUUGAAGACUUCCAGUUUAUCAAGGUGCUAGGAAAAGGCAGCUUUGGCAAGGUGUUGCUUGCAGAGUUAAGAGACACAGAGUAUUACUAUGCUGUAAAAUGUUUGAAGAAAGACGUAGUUCUAGAGGACGAUGAUGUGGAGUGCACGCUGAUAGAGCGGAAAGUCCUCGCGCUGGGAACUAACCAUCCUUACCUCUGUCAUCUCUUUGCCACUUUUCAAACCGAUUCUCAUUUGUUCUUCGUGAUGGAGUACCUGAACGGCGGUGACCUGAUGUUCCACAUUCAGCAAAGCGGCCGAUUCCCGGAGCCUCGCGCCAGGUUCUACGCCGCAGAAAUCGUCUCCGGGCUCAAGUUUUUGCAUAAACGCGGUAUUAUAUACAGAGAUUUGAAACUAGACAACAUUUUGCUGGACUAUGAAGGGCACGUGCGCAUCGCGGACUUCGGCAUGUGCAAGCUGCAGAUCUACCUUGACAAGACCGCAGACACAUUCUGCGGCACCCCAGAUUAUAUGGCCCCUGAGAUAAUAAAAGGUUUGAAGUAUAACCAGACGGUGGAUUGGUGGUCGUUCGGCGUGCUGCUGUACGAGAUGUUGAUCGGCCAGAGCCCCUUCAGCGGCUGCGACGAGGAUGAGCUCUUCUGGUCGAUCUGCAACGAAAUGCCCUCCUACCCGCGCUUCCUCUCCCAAGAAGCACUUAGCAUACUCACCAGGUUGCUGGACAAGGACGCGCGGACUCGGCUGGGCGGCGCGGAGUGCAUGCACGGCGACGUGCGUGACCAGGACUUCUUCCACGGCCUCGCCUGGGACCGCCUAGAGCGCCGGGAGCUCGAUGCACCGUUCAAACCACGAGUGAGACAUCCACUGGACACCCAAUACUUCGACAAAACAUUCACAGGGGAGCGACCGCGACUGACCGCGGUGGAACCUCAUGUGCUACGCUCCAUGGACCAGGAACCGUUCAGGGGAUUCUCCUAUACGAAUCCGAAUGCCACAGAUCGAUAAAAAUAAAAGGUAAAAUUUAAGGCUACGAUUAUAUUGUGAACAUUUAUGAAAAUCUGUACUGUUACGAACAAUGAGGAUUUAAAAAUCCCAAAGAAUCGUUGUUUAACAGUGUAGAAAAGGGCCCGUUUUGGUAGGCUUUUGGGGAAAUUGCUGUUUUAGUAACAUGCGAUCUUGUUAAAUAAUUGUGACUUUAUAACAAGGGAGUCCCCUAUCUUUUAAAGAUGAGCGACGGAACUUUGUCAGUACGGUCGAUCUUCGAAACAGUUGACCGGUUUUUUAAUGAAUUUAUUAUUGUGUCUGGCACACAAACGAGUUUAUGUAUUUUAAAUA